GGAAGGAGAGGAGGCUGGAGAGAAAAGGGAGGAUUUUUUGGCUGGAGUUUGGUGUGUUGUUUUUUGUUUUUUUUUUUCUUUGGGUCUCCUCUCCUUCUUCCGAUCGCCCUCUCUUCUCCAGCCCGUCUCCGUCCGCCUCUUCUGGAGUAUUUAUGCCUGAUUUCAGGAGGCUGUAAAUGUUGAACUUGAUGGGUGUUUUAAACGCCACCGCCGCCAAUGUCUCCUGUACUUGUAACUGCAAGCGCUACACCUCCCUCCAGAGCAUGGAAAUCACCCAGCUGGAGUUUGUCCAGAUCCUGGUGAUCGUGGUGGUGAUGAUGGUGAUGGUGGUGGUCAUCACCUGCCUGCUGAACCACUACCGCCUAUCAGCGCGCUCCCUCCUCUCCAGACACGCCCCCACACGCAGGAGACACCUGCCACUGGCCAACGAGGGAAGUCUGUGGUCCUCUGAGGGAACAGGGACAAACAGUGGACUGAAUGAGCACCAGGUGUAUAACCCUCGCCCUCCAGAACGAGGGGUCCACUCAUCCUACCUUCAGCGGGAGCUUCAGCACGCUCAGUCCCAGUCCCAGCCUCCCCUCCAGUCCCAGCGCUUUCAGCACACAUAUGCCCCGAGUCGCUUCCAGCCGACGUACCCCUACCUGCCCCAGAGCCUCAUCGAUCUCCCCCCGACCAUCUCCCUCUCAGAUGGGGAAGAGCCGCCGCCCUACCAGGGCCCCUGCACCCUGCAGCUCCGUGAUCCGGAGCAACAGAUGGAGCUGAACCGAGAGUCGGUCAGAGCGCCGCCCAACCGAACAGUGUUCGACUCCCACCACCUCGACCCAUCCAACUCCUGCCUGCAGGCCAGUCUACAGGCCCCUCCUCCAAGUGUCAAUUCAGGCAUCAGUGUGUUAGAAGCCCAGGAGGCCUUGUCCCGGCAACAGAAGCAGGGCUCUCGAGUAGAAGGAGCUCCCCCAGCCUACAGCGAGGUGAUCGGGCACUACUACCACCCGACGUCCCUGAAUUCCAGCCACAACCAUAGGACUGUAUCAUCCUCACAAGCACCCCCGUCCUCGCUCAUACAUGGUCUGCUCCGACCUCCGCCUCAGCAGCAAGGAAGUGUAGACAACAGGAAUGCAAGGAAUACAAAGGAGAAAUCCCAGAAGCCCCAGCAGGUGUGACAGUACUACUUCCUCUUCCCUAGCCCGCAGGAAAACCAGGGUUAUGUCUCGCCGCAUGGGAAACUGUCAGUAGCCAACAAGGAACAACCUGGUCAAUGGUAAAAUCCACUCUGAAUGGUUUAAGGGCUGGUUCGUUGUAGUCGUCGCUGACACAGUUUCCCGUUUUCACGGAAUUCGGGCUAGGACUGGGAAAUAGCAGAGCGCGGCGGCUUCUCGUUAGGUAAGAACACCUGGAAACCACAUCACUCCUGCAGGGCACAGUCACAGGAGAACAUCUGGUACUUCCUGUUCCACAGCUUCCUACUUCCUGUCUGAGGAGCACUUCAGAUGAACCAAUGAUGAUGUCAGAGAAGGAGGUCAAAGGGUGGAGAGGGAAAAGGUGGAUAAAGAAGCCUGCUUCUUCCCUUAACAGCUCCACCGUCCCUCCUUUAUUAGACUGAUCAAACUAGUCUUUCAUUCAUUAUAAAUAUUUACUUGUUCUGUUCGUUUCUGUAGAACCUUUUGUUUGUUUGUUCGUCUGUUUCGCGCUUGCAAGAAAAUUUCUAUCCAGACAAACUGCGAAAUGUGGCAGUCUUCUCGGCUCUUCCAGGUUUGUUUCGUUUUCUAGUGAUAAUCCCCCUCGCUGCUCGACUCCGUUCAGUUAUCUUCACGACUGCACAGUCCAACAGCGACUCCUGCACCAGGCUUUAGCUGUGUCACUGAGACAUGUUAGCACACGAGAGUAGUUCCAGAAAGAGUUUAGAUGUAGGUAGUGUUGUCUUAAACUAGCUUACCAGUUGUAGCACAGUGCUAAAAGUCCUCGAGCUAAACGUUCUGCCUUAUAUCGACCAAUCGAUGCAGGAGUUGUCACUAGAAUCCUUUUUUUAAUUUUAUUUUAUGUUUUCUGAAGAAGGUUUGCACAAAGUUCAAGACUGCUCACCCCAGAAAAAGAAAAAAAAUCCGCAAUAUGAUCGAUGAGAGAGAAAAUAGAGAAAGUAGGGAUAUUUUUCUAAACUAGAUGGAUUCUUAUCAGUAAAGAUGUUUUUUUUUCUGUUUGUUUUUACAUGUUGUCUAGUCUUAGAAAAAAAAAAAAACAUCUGUAAUCUGUUGGGGUGCCAACUUUCACGUUGAACAUUUUGCUACAUACAUGUCGGCAUGUAUAUAUGUUACAAAUGGAGUAUAUAUACACACAUGUAUGCAAACCGAGAGCGAACUUAAAAGCACGAAUUUAGAGUUAUUUAUAUAAUUGCUGAAAAGAAUUGCACUAUUUUUUAGUAUGCGCAGAUGGAACGUGUGAGAGAGACUUUUAUUGUGAAGGAGCUCUGUCUAUUGAGGCACAAACACAUAGAGAGAGUCCUGAAACCACAGGGACUCAGAGGGUGGGACCAGAUCAGUGCACAGCAGCCAGUAUCAUCAGAACAUAUCACGGGGAGAUUCUGACAGACUCGGCCCAACAGACUCGGACCAACUCUUACUGUACCAUUGAUAUAAAAAAAAAAAAAAAUCCCUGGUUUAUGCAAAUGUCCGAGUCUUUCGAGCCAACAAGAAGUCGGCAUCAAGCCUGUGGACCCAAUCAGAAACUGUUCGUUGCUCUCUUUCUCAUCCUAUUGGCCGAAUCAUUAGCCAGUCCCAAAGCAGGCUGUCACUACCUCGACCAAAACAAGUCAAGCACAUACGAGUUUGCUCACAACAGACUUUGUCUCAUCGAACAAACGUCUGAACUAAUCAAGACAAUGUGUAAUGUAUCAGUAGAAGAGAGUAAAGUAGAGCAGGUCGUAGUAGAUCUAGUUUUUAAACCCUGCUGUGUGUUAUUUUAUUUGAAUGUCAGUGUUUUUGUUCGUUGGGUGAGAAGAGAGCGGGAGCGAUGCAGAUCCAGUGACACCUAACAGUGAUACGCUGGCUGUGCACUGCUGUGGUUACACACAUGAACACACACAACCAGCAUUUCUGGUCACACACCUGCAGUUGCAUCUCUCCGGCCUUUUCAACACACACCUUCCCCUCUGGUGAGUCUCUCUCUCUCUCUCUCUCUCUCUCUCUCUCUCUCUCUCUCUCUCUCUCUCUCUCUCUCGCAGGCAUCUCUGAGCACUUUACCGCACCAGGAAAGAGACAACAAUCUUCUGUCAGCCAGCGUCGGCCAGGAUAAAACUUUACAGCCGCAGCUGAACCUUUAAGUCUAAUACCUUAAAUUCUCCAACCUUUACAGCCACACUUUUAAAAGAUGCAAAGACUUGUGCUCCAAAACUUAAAACAUCCUUCUGGUGGAAAACAAACACACACACACCUCAUUACCUGGAAUUUCUUAUUUAUCAUUCUGAAUUCUGUGCGAUCUGUAAUAUUUAUGACCAGGGCCGGGUAUUGUUUGAAGUUUUUCAAUACUGCUACUGCCAGUAAGACUCCUGAGUUUCAGUGCCAGUACCAACAUUUCUGAUACUCUGAGAAAUAGACAUAUGUUUUCCUCCAAAAUCCAUCUUUUAAUUUUUUAAGGGGUAAAUGUCAGCCAAAUUAGAAUUUUGGCUAAAUAACGUGCGGCCUGCAGAUGGAAAAAUCAGAAAGUAUCUGAUCAAAGAAUAAGCAGACAGGAUCAGAAUGGAACCAGACAUCUGAGGCCAAUUUUUCACAGUUGCUGAUACUCGGUCUGCACCGAGAAAGUACGGAGGUUCGAUACCUGGCUCUUGUAAUGACUGACUCUGAGAAACAUUGAGGGCCUGACCAUGUUGUUUGUUUUGGUUUUGGAGCAGAACUCUUUGUGUUCAACACAGCACAAGAUGGGUUGUCUCAAACUAGACACGCUGAAGUGUUGAAAAGUGACACGAGUGUUAAUAGCAACUCGUCUUGUGUCAUCUCUUCGAGAGUGUGGAAAUAAAGGUGAAACGAUUGUUAGUUCAAUAAAGUAAAAGAGUAGGAUAAACGACGGUUGUCGUUUUUGUCCUUUCAGUUGUUCACUGUGACCAACACUCUUUCAAUCCUGUGGUCUGACCAGUUAUUGCGAAUUUAUAUUGAAGGGACCACAGACUGGCCCAAAUGAAGCCAGCGCCCUCUAGUGUCCAGUCUUUAUGCAACAGCACCCUCCACAGGGACCGAACCAAACUGCAGCCAAAACUCCUGAAGAUUAACUUGACAGUCUGAGGAGAGUAGAGAGUUAAAGGCCAAAAAAAAAAUAUAAUUUCUUAUCUGAUAUGGUGAAUUUUUAAUUCCUUUGUCUUCUCUUUCCUUUUGAAAUCACAGGUGUCUGUGACUGGAUGUACAGACCAUCAGUUCCUGUAUUACCAUUACACUGAAGUCACAGAGCUAAGCAUCAAUUAGUUUUUCAAAACAAUAAAUCCCAGAAUCCCAUUUGGUUGUUAAUCAACGCUUACUGCCAUUUGAAGGUAUUUCCAGAAUCUUCACACUCCUCUACACAUUUGGACAAAAGAUAUAUCUUACAGCUGCAUAAUAAAAUGUAUUUUUAACUGAAGUUGUGACUCUGUAGCCUGCGCUGAAAAAGACAUUUGUCUUUGUACAACAUGAACAAUGUAAACAUACUUAAAAUGUUAAAAUGUUUUUACAUUUUUUUAUAUUUUCAUAACAUAAUCAACACAACAUAUACACAUUUUUAUUUUUCUUCUGAUGUAAAAAACAAGGACAUAUUUCUGAUAAGCUGGACGAGGAUAAAGAGUCACAACAUGGGAAAAAAAUCUUCUUAUUGUACAGCUGAUGGAUUUUUUUUUUUUUUUAUCCAGAUGGGUAGAGGAGUGUUUGUAGAAACUUUAAAUACCUUCAAAGCUGUAACUACGAGAAAUUAAACUUUUUGAGAAUGAAGAAAAACAGACUCUUAGAACAACACGGCAGCUGGUCCAGGAUGAGACCUGUAGUUUUUGGUUGUUUUGUUGAGUCCUGCAUUUAAAUCCUGUGAUGCAAAAAAAGACAAAAAGUGAAGACAAACAAUCAAAAGCCAUUUCUUUGCGAUUCACCUUCCGUCAGUCUUGUUUACUGUCUCUCUUUCCCCUUUGUUCCCGUGCUGCACUGCCAUGUCGGCAUUUUGUAUUUAAUGACGAGCACUUGAGGAAAAAAAAAAUCAUGAUUUAAAGAAAUUAAUCUCUUGACCCAAAGGAGUGAAGACUGAAUCAAUCAAUGUAUGAAUCAUCUCUCACCUUGUUAAGAGAUUAUAAGCCUGGUCCCAAAGCAAGUUUAGCUAAUUUAUUUACCUUGAUGUUAUCUCCUCUCCUUUCCCUUUAUCGUCCUCUUUCCCUCCACCUGUGUGAUACUUGUGUUUGGACUGGGCAGUUUUAAAAUGGUUUGGUUCCCUGCUCUGGGGGGUUUGCAGCGGGUAAGAGAAGACUGGGCGGGCUCUGAUCAGGGCUUCACAGUACAAACUGAUUAUAAUAAUAACAAAUUUAAAGUAGUGCACCCAUAGUACAGUUUAACAGAAAUAAAACGGCGUAUGAUUAAUCUCUCACUUCAGGGAAACUCGCGCUGGCUGACGAUACAAAAAAAAGACAGGAGGAGAGGAGGGAAAACUCCUUUAGCAGAAACACAAAGCAUUUACUCACAUGUGCUGCUGAUACACAACACUGCCUACACAAACACACACCGGUAUGUUUACAUGCAUGUAUGUUACAUCACGUGCCCCUGUGUACAUUGGAAGAGAUACUGGUGUCUGUAAUCAUUCCUUUUCUCCUUUGUAACAUGACUAAACUGAAAGACACUGGGGAGAAAAUCAGCUCGUCCUUCUGUGUGAAAACACAUUCUGAAAAGUUCUGCAUUUUGGGAAAUGUUGUUUCUUUCCUGCUGAGAGUCAGAUGAGAAGACUGAUGCCACUCUCCUGACUGAUCCCUAUCCCUUCAUCUUUAGCUUCUCUGAAACAAGCAGCUCUGUCCAGACUUAACAAAGUUCAUCCACCAGCGUCUCUAAUUAACGCGUUGUACAAAUCGCAAACUGUUUCUUGGUCAGGAUCAAGAAAUACCAAGACCAGCACAUAACCCGCCAUAAAACGACAAUUUCUCACUUUUACACUGCAGUUUUUGUACAUAUCAAACAAACAAGACAUAAUGUGUUAAUUAGUGAGCUUCAGAUGUGCUGGUAGGUGAGUUUUGUUACCUCUUGGACAGAGGCAGACUGUGUCCUCGUGUUUCCAGUCUUCGUGCUGAGCUAAGUUAGCCGUCUCAUCAAACUCUCAGUGAGAAAACAAACAAAUCAUCCGAAAUGUCGAACCUUUCCUUUGUGAUUUGCACUGAACGUGGACUCUGGACAGGACAGCAUGACCUUCCUGUCCUUGAAGAUUGCUGGUUGACUCGCCCCCUCUCGCAGUAGCUCUUUCAACGAACAUAUCUGCAUGUGAGAAUUAUAUUAAGACAGACUGGAAAAAAUCCAGACAUCUGCUAUAAAGUUCAGUUUGAGUUGAGUCGAUUGACCCAAAUCCACAUUAGCUAUCGUUCACAUGUGAAACCAACUGGGGCUCAAAUCUCUAAAAUCUGUCCAAGCCGGUGAUAAUCUGUGUCUGCUGGACCCGGUCACACGUUUCUCUUUGCUUUAAGCCGGCGUGUUAGUUAACAUAUUAGCUAACAGCAGCAGUGUUUUUGUAAAGUUGGCAGAUGGUGUUUUUUCCCAGAGCAAUGUAAGUGUGCUGUUAAUGUACACUAACAUGCCCUGGGAAGGACCUCCAGCUGUCUAGACAAAAACUAAACACACACACACACAUACACACACAGAGCAGACUAAAUAAACCAACCUAAGCACCAGACCUUCCACACACACACACACACACACACACACACACACACACACACACACACACACACAGGUGCACUUUCAUUCAUCCACGUACAUUUUUUCUCUUAUUGUGGACCACACAAGAUAGCAAAAACACACACGCACAGACACACACACACACACCUGCCUCCCCCCUCCUCCCUCUUCCUGUCUGAAUGCGCUCUACCUGUUCCCUAGAGAUGCCUGCUGUCCAAUGACAGAGCUCCUCUCAGACCGGCCCUCGCUGCCAUUGGCCGGCUGUGUUUCAGUCUCCUUGGAAACGUUCAUCAUUUAUUUUUGUUGCUAUGUCGUUACAAGUGUGCCUGCCUGUGCUGAGACAGGCAAAAUGUGAGUGGCUAGUUUGGGCUGUCAAUCAUCCCAAGCCACGCCCCCUUACUGUCUCAUAUGAUGAUGAUUGGAUGAUGAUGAUGAUGAGAUUGAGGAUAAUGAUGAUGAGGAUGUUUUUGAUAGUGAUGCCGCAGAGAGCGUUGCAAUACACCUACUAUUUGCCUUUUUGAUUAGUCAUAUUUUAACGUAGUGUGCUAAAUGUACGUUUUUUUAUUGUUGUUGUUAUUAUUGUUGUUGUUUAUUCACUUGAGAACAAAAAAGGUCAUUUUAUUAUCAA